AUGACAUACUGUCAUUUUCCCAUUCCAGGCAAAGCUGUCUUACGUGUCAACCCCGUGUCUACUCUACCUGCACGUGAGAAACGCACUAUAUUGGUUGUGGGAAUCCCACGAUGGUCUACAGAACUACCACCUCAAUCGGUUACCGACUGUUCCGAAUUGGAUGAGGCAGCCCCAGAGCCAAACUCCUCCGAAUUGUGUCUAGCCACGUGGCAAAUCACUGAUUGGUUGCGUGAGGUGUUCUCCGAAUUCGGUCAAGUGCUGUACGUUCAACUACCACACGUAGUGAAUUUCCUUGUCUCAAAGUUUACUACUGACGACAGAAAUGAUGCGGCCGAAGAGUAUUCUGAUUUUGUUUCUCUCCUUCAGCUUGACUUUUUGGGUCAAGAUGAGCACUAUAUACCCUAA